AAGUGGUCAUCUGUGAUGCGCUGAGAGGGAGAGCGCAAGCUACAACGCUAGCCUAAACCCACCACAGUGUGUGUUUGCCUUGCUGGUAUGAGCCUAGCUAUAUUUACCUACUUUGAAUCAUAACACUUGUGUGUAAAUAGUCAAUUAAAUGUUCAAAGACUAGUUAGUCCACAGUGUUGUAUAAGCUUGUUUUCAGACUCAGUUUGGCAUCUUCAGUGCACAUUAGGAGAGUUAAGAUCAAACAAUCAUAGAAGCUACGAAUUUCGUUUGAUUUCCUUACAGAUGUCAUACGUUUCAUCUGAGCGUUAGAGGUCUCACUACAUAGGAAGAAAAUGUUACAUGAUCAAAGUUAUAAAACAUGUUCCAAAGUCCCUUUUCCUCCCUGAACGCAUGAAUGUGUGCACUGUCCUACAACGGUGUUUGAAGAGAUUUCCAGAAUUUCCUGAUGUAAAUAACCCUUGUCUUCCUACACUAGAAGUUUUCUCUUCCUGCUUGUCCCUCCCGACUUUGUAAUUCUAAGCUUGUAAAUUUAAAUGAGUGACUGUUUUUCCCCCCCUCUUCAAGCUCUUGUAAAUGAUGCUCACUGCUGCAGCUUGUCUUUUAUUGUGAUUGAGGCCUUGGAAAAGCUAACUUAGCACCAAAUUUGUUUUUAUUUGCUCUUAAAAAAAAAAAAAAAAAAACUCAUGGAAAGAAGAGGUAAUUGUGUAUUUUAAUUAGGGAUGGGCAUACAGCUCUUCUAGAUUUCUGUCUAAAGGACAUCAAAUAGAAGGAGAGCUACAAGCAAACAAUAACAUCCCAAAAAGCAUUUCACCAGUUAACACUGUAGUAUUCAGAGAAGGGUUUACGUCCUGGUAAAAUUCCUUUUAAUAUUUUAAGUCAAUCUAGUAAAAUGCUCAUCCCUAAUUUUAAAGUGUUUGUGUUCCAGGCUGCGCUUCAAUUUAACAUCUCGGUUGGAGAGCAUUUAUUGGGUCUCUGCGAGUACUUUGAGAAGCUCCUGCAUGUCCUGACUUGAAUAAAAUCCACAAUUUCAAUUAAAGUGGGGCGGUAGGGAUUAUCUUAAUCGGUUUUGAAUAAAUAGCGCUUUGUAGUUAAUGUGCUCAUCUUUUUCUUAUAAAGAAGCCACCAUUUUCCACAUAACUAUUUAUGAAGUGUGAAGUUAUAGUAGGAAAAAAACAUGAACAUGUGGUAGCAUCACUGUAUAGGAUGAAACACAAUUGCGCUAAGGAUUGGGCUGACUAUUAUUCAUUACAAUACUUCAUUUGCAAUAUUGCCAUCUUCACUGUCUUAAAUGUCUGUUUUUGUAAGCCUGUGCACUCACAAUUUUGUUCACCUGAAAUGAGUAGUUAAAAAAAAAAAAAAAAACUGGGAAUAAAAAGGUAUUUUCCCUUUCUUCCCAUUGUUGGAUUGAAGGUUCCCAGUGCCUACCUGGCAUUCACAUUGCGCUGGCAAAAUAGUAGUAUGAUACUGUGUUUAAUGGGUGCCACUGCUGUCAGUGUCACAGCACCUGUCUCCAACUGACUUUGGAUACACCCAAAUUAUGUAGGUAAAUUUAUUGAUCUGCCAAACUAAAGGUUCUUGCAUUGUAAACAUGUAGCAAAAAAGCUGCUGUAAUUCCUCAAACAGUUGCUUCAGAUAAAUGCCUCAUUCAAACAGACGAUUCUAUUAAAUGUUUGUUUAUACAUUUAGAUUUGCUUGUGUUGGGUGUCGACUGUAAAAAUUGGUCUUCUGAUACCCUGAUGUGUCAGGCCAUAGUGCUGUAUGUCCAAGUUAAGUGGUGUUAGGCAAGGGAUGGAUUACAACGAGGCUGCCUCAAUUUUUGCAUUCUUUCAUUCUCUAGUUUUUAUUUGUCUAGCCACAUUUAAAUGCAGUGGUUCUAUUGUUCAGUCUCAAAAAUUCUCAAUUCAUGGCCUCCCACCCGCAGUUGAUUAAAAAAAAUGUCCCAUAUGCAGCAACAUUGUAUAUUGUAUCUCAUGUUAACAUACAAGUAAGAUGUUUUGUUCAACAUGCUUAUUUUCCACAUAUUCGUGUUUCAUUCUAGUGCUCAGUAUAGCUGUUUUUGUCCCACACUGUUGACCUGCCAUUUUAGUAAUGUAUCACAAUUACUUGUGAUACAAGCAUGCUUAAAAAAAAAAAAAAGUUGAUAUACAUCGUCCCCCCCGUUUUUAAAUUUUUAUAUUGUAAAUGUCCAUAUAAAUACUAUGACACAUAAAUUGGUUAUUGAAGAACGAUUUAUUGCCAACCAUCACGUGUUCUGUACAUUAAAAAAAAAUUUAAAAAGCAUGUUACAGUGCAUGUACAGUAAUAUAAAACUUACUGGUUUCAUCACCACACACGGGAAAUAGCAAUACACAAUGGGUACUGUUAUUUGUUUGCUAUAAUUUAUUCAUAACGUUCAUAGUAAAAUCACAAAUCAUUUUUUCAGGUCUGUUUAAUGCUACAGAAAAUGUCCAUUAUUGCAUUUUAAUACUUUUUAAACAUUUUCUUUAACUUUUCUAUAGUUUUUUCAUGUUCGAGCACACAACAGCGUAAUAAAGGCUUACUGUACACAAUAACGUCGAAGAACCCAAAUCCCUGAAAUCGGCUUUAGCGCCAUCGUGUGUACAAAAUGGGGUACAACACAUUUCUAUUGCCAUAAUACUGGCGUUGAAUAACCCCUCCAGUCAUUUGGGAGUUUUCUCCUUAUUCGUUAUUGAACUAAAAUGGUUUCUUCCUAAUUGACUUUGCAGUAAUCGGAUGUUCAACAAACAAAAUUCGUGGGAGUGCACGAGUAUAUUUUUUUUCCAUGGUACGUUUGACGUUUACGUUCAACUCAUUGACGGCUUUGUAUCCAUAGUGGAUGAUCCGUAGUAGCUCCAAAAAUGCAUUUUAUGAUAAGAGAUCAAAUAUUUUUAGGAUGACGAAAUUCUGACGAUUGGUUUUAUAUAUUUUUUUCUUUUAAAUUCAUCUUGUUACUAACAAAAAUGUUGUUGAGUAGCCUGAUCAAAAUUUUUCUCAUUUGUGCGUGGCUUCCUAAAUGCGCCGUUUUGGUUUGGUGAGGACACGCUCGCGAAUGCGCACGUCGUGACGUCACGCGUCAGCGGACGUCCUGUUCCGGCGUCAUGGCCGCGCGCGGCGAGUUUCGUGAAAAUUGUUUGUAGUGUGAGGACAAGAGGGGAAUGGUUGACCACACGUAUGUGCUUUGAGAUGGCGAUUACGCAGCUGUGUCAGUUGCUCGUCCGACAGUCGGCCUCUCGCGUCUUCAGGAGGUACAGCAAGGCAUGCCCGGCAUUACCAGAGCAAGUGCAAGUCUUUGAAGCUUUCAGGGAGCAAAAAGAGAAGAGGAAAACUGAGGCUUCGGAAAAGCGCCUCAGCAUCCACGUAGGUGAUGGCCAGAUUGUGAAGGGAACAGCUGGGGUCACAACACCGCUAUCCAUUUCUCAGAGUAUUCGCAAGAAAGGAGCCUUGGUGAGCAAGGUGAAUGGGGAACUGUGGGACCUUGGGCGUCCUCUAGAGGCUGACUGUCAACUACAACUUCUUGGUUUUGAGUCACUUGAGGGAAAACAGGCAGCAUGGCGGACAGGAGCAUGUGUGCUCGGUGGAGUGCUACGAAGGGAGUAUGGUGCCAGAGUUUGUCGAGAGGGAGCGUCAGAGCUCGGUCUUUAUUGUGACCAUGUGUUGGAAAACAGCACCACAGUGUCCCUGAGUGAUGUGGAGGGGAGAUGCAAGGCAGCCGCUGCCCUCAAGCUGCCUUUGACCAGGCUGGAACUUGACGCUAAAGAGAUCAGUGAGCUCCUUCAGGAUGACCUUCUCAGAUUGAGUCUCGUUCAGGAGCAGAUGAAUGGACCCACUGCUACAGUAUACAGGUGUGGGGACAGCAUAGCCUUCUGUAAUGGCCCCCUCCUCCCACACACUGGCUUCCUCAGGGUGUUCAAGAUGCUACAGCUGUCACCCCUGACCCUGGCCGAUCAAAGCGAGUGCCCGAGUUUGAUGCGUCUCUUUGGGGUGGCUUUUCCCAGUGAGAAGGAUAAGGAUGAAUGGGAGAGAGAGCGGGAGGCGGCUCGCAAGAGGGACCACAGGCGCAUCGGCACGGACCAAGAGUUGUUCUUCUUCAAUGACGUCAGUCCCGGAAGCUGUUUCUUCCUCCCUAAAGGAGCCCACGUGUACAAUACCCUAACUGAUUUCAUCAAGAGUGAGUACCGACGGCGAGGCUUUACUGAGGUAAUCACCCCAACUUUGUACAGCACUGCAUUGUGGGAGCGUUCGGGCCACUGGGAGCACUACAGUGACAACAUGUUCACCGUAACCUCGGAGGGCUCACAGACCUAUGCGCUCAAGCCAAUGAACUGCCCCGCACACUGUCUGAUGUUCGAGCAGCGCGUGCGCUCAUGGCGAGAGCUCCCUCUGCGCUGGGCCGACUUCGGGGCGCUGCAUCGCAACGAGCUCUCCGGCGCUCUGGGAGGUCUCACCCGGGUUCGCCGGUUCUGUCAAGACGAUGCCCACAUCUUCUGCGCACCUGAGCAGCUGGAAGACGAGAUUGUGGCUUGUUUGGACUUUGUCAGGAGCGUUUAUCACGUGUUUGGGUUUUCCUUCCAUUGCCUCCUGUCGACACGUCCCACUCCCUGCCUUGGGGAGCCAGAGCAGUGGGACCACGCCGAGCAGCAGUUGGAGCGGAGCCUCCAGCAGUUUGGCGAGCGCUGGGAGUUGAACCCAGGAGACGGAGCCUUCUAUGGGCCAAAGAUUGACAUCCAAAUCAGAGAUGCUAUUGGCCGACAGCACCAGUGCGCCACCAUCCAGUUGGACUUUCAGCUGCCAAUCAGAUUUGAUCUUCAAUAUGUGGGGCAAGAUGGCCAGUCGCAUCGGCCGGUUAUGAUCCACCGUGCCGUUCUGGGAUCAAUGGAGAGGAUGAUCGCCAUCUUGGCUGAAAACUUUGGUGGGAAAUGGCCACUCUGGUUGUCUCCAGCGCAGAUCAUGGUGAUCCCUGUUGAGAGUAGCUGCGUGACAUCUGCCAAACAGGUGGUUCAGCAGUUUCAUGAAGCUGGCUUCAUGGUUGAUUUGAAUGACGACAGUGGUGCCACCUUAAAUAAGAAGAUUCGGACUGCUCAGCUGGCGCAGUACAACUACGCAUUUGUGGUGGGAGAACAGGAGCGUGAGAGCGGCACGGUGAGUGUUCGGAGUCGAGGAGGACAGCAGUUGGGCAGGAGGCCUGUUGAGGAAGUUCUGAUGAGCCUAACACAGCUUCGAGACUCCAGGAGUAACCAGGAGAACUUUUAAAGCAACAUUAGGGAUAAUUUAUCCACCAUGUGAAAUUACACAACCAGAUUACACGGAAAGGCUAUCAUGUUAUCACUGACUGAACUGGAACAAAAUACUACCAACAUGCCUGUUUUGCAUGUAAUGCAAAUUACCUGAUUAAAAUAAGGGCACGAAAAAUAUGGUGUAAAUAUAAACAGCUAUAUGGAAACAUAACUUUUUAGUAAUUACAAAGUGGAGUGCCUGCCUACCCAUCAAGUGUGAUUUUAAACUUGUGUACAAAUCUUUUGUUUUCUACACGUCCUUACAGGCAAAAACAAUAAACCAGGAAGAUUGGUCAGAUAUGGAUGUGACGGUAGGGUGAGUGCUAAAGAAAUGCUACACAUGUUUCUUUUUUCAAAAAAAGUCUUAUAUUCUGAAUUAGGCUGAUUAUCACUGAUGUAAGCUCUGCGCUUGUCAAAACAGCUGAAUCUCAUCCAUCAUGGUUAUGAAGUCAGAGGUGGAUGGUUGAGCAGAAUCUGUUACCUUUUUACUAGAUCAUUUACAAGGCAAAUAAUUGGGUGUAAUUCUUAGUCCUCAGUAUAUUUUGACUAUAUCAUGUCAAAAAAAUGUGAUCAGGACACUUGGGAGAUGUUUUCUAAUUGCAAAAAAAAAGCUUGCAUCUACGUAUUAACAUCUGCAAACUAUUGUGGAAAUGUUACAUGCGUCUCUCAGGACAAUUCUGUAAUGCAACCAAUGUUCAUUUUGUGUAUUGCCUGCCUUUCAGCUGGGGGGAAAAAGGCCAGCUUCAAUUUCCAAUAAAACUACUCAAACAUUUUAGUCCAUUUAAUGUUGCUUACUCGUAAAUCUCAAUGCUGUUGUGAAGUCACUGUGAUGUGUUCACUAAAUAUGUCUCCCCGUCUCUCAUCCUCUUCGCUUAGGCAGCCUUUUGCUGUGAGAAUAAAAAACUGGCUUACCUUUAAAAGUGCGGAAGAAAGGGAGGAUGCAGAGGAGGAUUUGACUAAAAUAGGAGUUGGAGCAGCAAGCAGCAGCAGUGUUUUCAUGUGUGUUUUGGUGGAAACUGCCAAGUGAAGGUAAAGGUCAAAAUGAUUGGACGCGUCUUUUUUUAAUUGAGGGAGGGCGACAGGAUGGAAAAGACAUAAGUCACAACACAAGGGUGGACAAACGGAGCGGCUUUUUAACAAAGCCUGCUGUGGAAAAAUCAGCACUGUGUGUUUGUAUGAUAUGUUCUUCCGGAGCGGAAAGGAUCAAAAUUUCUGUGACACACCUGAAGAAUUUGGCCUUGGUCUGACAUGGGUCCAGCUCUACACAACAGAUUAAUUUUAGCCUUUAACUUUUACGGAUUAAGAAAGAAGAAACAGAUUUCAAUUUGCUUUACUUAUAGGUUUAACAUUUUUAAUAAUCCUUAGUGCAGUAUCAUUUAGCGUUUUCAUUGCUUAACACAUUUGCUUGUUACACUGCUGGCCAAAAAUAUUGGCACCCCUGCAAUUCUCUCAGAUAAUGCUCAAUUUGUCCCAGAAAAUUAUUGCAAUUACAAAUGCUUUGGUGGUAAUAACUUCAUUUACUUUGCUUGCAAUGAAAACCACAAAAGAGAAUGGGGAAAAAAAUGGUCCGGACAAAAGUAUUGGCACCCUUUGAAAAAUAAUGUGAUGCUAAGUAUAACACCAUUUACCAUUCUCUAAUUUGUGUAAUUAACAGCACCUGUUACUUACCUAUGGCACAUAACAGGUUGUGGCAAUAACUAAACAACACGUGCAGCCAGUUAAAACGGAUUUAAGAUCACUUAACCUCUGUCCUGUCCCCUUGUGUGUACCACAUUGAGCAUGGAGAGAGGAAAAGACCAAAGAACUGUUUGAGGACUUGAGAAGCAAAAUUGUGAGGGAGCAUGGGCAAUCUCAAGGCUACAAGUCCAUCUCCAAAGACCUGAAUGUUCCUGUGUCUACCGUGCGCAGUGUCAUCAAUAAGUGUAAAGCCCAUGGCACUGUGGCCAACCUCUCUAGAUGUGGACGGAAAAGAAAAAGUUGACGAGAGAUUUCAACGAAAGAUUGUGCGGAUGAUGGACUCAUCCAAACAAGUUCAAGCUGUCCUGCAGUCCGAGGGUACAAGAGUGUCAACCCGUAUUAUCCGUCGGUGUCUGAACGAAAAGGGACUCUAUGGUAGGAUACCCAGAUAGACCCCACUUCUGACCCAAAGACUUAAAAAAGCCAGUGUGGAGUUUGCUAAAACUUACCUGAGAAAGCCAAAAACAUUUUGGAAGAAUGUUCUCUGGUCAGAUGGGACAAGAGUAGAGCUUUUUGGGAAAAGGUAUCAACAUAG